UUGAAACUUACGUUGUUAAAAAUUCGAUCAUUUGAUACUUGUUUAUAUCAAAUCAACGAAUUUGCUUUUCAAUAUGAUCAAUAUUUAUUUUUAUUUUUUCUUCGCAUUUUUCAACUUCUUGUUAACAGUUGCUGAUAUUACACAAAAUGUUUUUUUACGUUUAUAUAACAGCAAUGGUUCAUAUAUUGAUGAAAAUAUAAGAAAUGCUAGUCUAUUUCUUCCUUAUAUACAAAAGAAUAACUUGCUUAUAAUUCUUAUACAUGGUUUCACUGAAGAUAUAAAUUCUUAUGAUAUUAAAAUAAUGACGAAUGCAUAUCUGGAGAAUACGCAACACAAUAUUUUUUUAAUUGAUUAUCGGAAUGUUAGUAAAGAAUCUUAUAUAUUUGCCGAACAAGACAUAAAUAAAAUUGGUAAAUCUAUGGCUGAUGCUUUAGACGAUAUGAUAGAAAAUGGCGUGAACUUUAAAAAAAUACAUAUAAUUGGAAUUUCAUUGGGAGCUCAGCUUGCGGGGAUUAUUGGACGUAACAUGAAUUAUAAAAUUGGCAGAAUAACAGGCUUGGAUCCUGUUGGUCCUGGAUAUUACAUUCUCAAUACUCAUUUAAGUGCUUCCGAUGCCGAAUUCGUAGACAUUAUUCACACUGAUAUGGGUAUCUAUGGUCUAGCUCUGAAAAUUGGUCAUGUGGAUUUUUUUCCUAAUUAUGGUUAUAGACCGCAACCAGGUUGUCCGAUAUCAGAGAAUGAUAUUACACGAUUUUGCAGUCACGGUAGAUCUAUCGAGUUCUAUGUAGAAUCAAUUAAAAAUUCUACCGCGUUCAUUGGAAAAUGCGAAUUUUAUUCGUUAAAUGAAUGCAACAUUGAAUAUAUUCCAAUGGGAUAUGCUACACCUCACAAUGCGAAUGGUAAUUAUUAUCUUAUCACGAAUUCAAAGAGUCCUUAUGGUCAAGGAGUUAUAGGGACAGCUUUAAAUCCACUGAAAAUUAUUCCUGUAUUAUAAAUUGAUUAUAUUCAUUUCACUGAU